AAUUCAGCUGCGGCCACACGCGCUUUGUUUUCCUCAAAAAUUGUAAAUUUAUACAGAUUUCCUAUUACUCCGAUAUUUUACUGCAUUUAAAAUAUCCAGAGCAACCCACAAAGCCGCCACAACACAAACAACAACUGAAAAUGUUGUGCUAUCUUAAUUCUGCCAGCUAAUUUGUUAUGAAAGUGUUUCGCUCAACCGGCGAGACUUCGAUGCGAAAUAAUUUGCCAAAUUAGAUUUGCAAACGGAACUUACAAUGCACGCGGUGGUGAACACGUGCCGCCUGUGCCACCGCGAGGUGGAAGCCGACUCCCCCAACAUCUUCGAGAGCUCCCUGGAGUUCUGUAGUGAAUUGUCCAUUGCCGAGAUCUCGCAGCAUCUUUGGGCCGUUCACUACGAGCGCCAUGAGCUCUUGCCGGAGCUGGUGUGCCCGGAGUGCCUAGAGCUAUUGUUCGAUGCAUUCGAGCAUCGCAAGGGCAUGCUGGAGCGGGAACAGAGGCUGCAGGAGCAGCUAAAGGACAUGAUGAAAACGGAUCCCAAGUACCGGCCCGGCUUCAAUGGUAAUCCUGGUGAAUUCGAACCGGAGGAGGACUGCGAGAUUGUGGACGUGGAUCCGGAAAAGCUGUCGGAGACCAGUGAAGAAGAGUUCCUGCCUUGCUCGGAGGGGGAUUACGAAAACUUUGAGGAAGACGACGACGAAGAGGAGGAGGAUUUCGAUGAGGAGGACGAAGAAGAGGGUCAGAAUGGCGAGGACGCUGACAUGCCUUUGGGCAUGGAUGCCGCCCAGAUGGCACAUAUGGAGGCGGAAAUGAAAGCCAACAACGCUAAUACUGAUCCCAACUCUGGGGUGAAACCUAAGCGUGCCUUCCUCUGUCAGUACUGCGAUCUGGGCUUCACCUUGCCCUCCGAGUGCCAGCAGCACGAGAAGAGCGCCCACGACCCGGCUGCUCCGUACUGCUGUACCUUCUGCAACCUCCGAGUGGACGCUCGUACCACACUAAUUUCGCACAUCAAGUCGCUGCACGAUGCCGAGCGUCCGUAUGUUUGCGCGCAAUGCCGGAAGGGAUUCGUGCGUCGCUCCGACUUAAAGAAGCACACGAUUGUGCAUACGGGCGUGCGACCCUAUACCUGCAACGUAUGCUCAAAAAGCUUCUCGAGAAACACCAACCUGAACAAGCACAUGCGCAUCCACAGCGGCGUCAAGCCGUUCGUGUGCCAACAGUGUCCGCGAUCAUUUCAGACGGCCGUGGAAUUGAUGAGCCACUCACGCUCCCACUCCGAGGUAAAGGCUUACCAGUGUGGCCGCUGUCCAUACUCCUUUUCGCGCAAGGAUAAGCUUAUGGCGCACCAGCAAGUCCAUACCAGGCGCGACGUUGAGGAGCAGCAGAAGCAAUUGGGGCUUCUGCCGCCCGGGGAAGGUGACCUCGCGCAACUCCAUCAACAGCAACAACUGCAACUCCAGCUUCAGGCCAAGCCAAAGGCUCCAACGCACUCAAAGUCUUCGCGCAAUUUCCGCUGCGACGUCUGCGACAGGUCCUUCCAGAGAGAGCGCGACCUGCAGCGCCACAGAGCCCUACACAUGGACACGCUGUUCGCCUGCAAGAUUUGCAAUCAGGGAUUCAACCGGCGAGAGCAACUGCAGCGUCAUGAACUGGAGGCUCAUGGGCCUAGCUAUACCUGCAGCAUCUGCUGCAUCAACUUUCUGUAUCAGGUGGAGCUGGAGAACCAUCUAAAAGUCCAUCAACUGCAGCACAAAAUGGCUCAAAGUGCCCAAGAGGCCAUCAAUGCUGCCGCUAGUCUGCCCCUCAAAAAGGUCGAGCAGGCUCCAGUGGCUGUAAUGCCUCCGGUGAUUCAGCCCUCGGCUGCCGAACUCUCCUUCUACAGCAACAUGAUUCCAACCAUGAAUCUUGGUUUUUACAGCGAGACUCGUCCGGAGGAGUAGAAAUAGAGGUAUCUAGGAUGCAAAGUUACAGUUAGUGUGGUAAGAACUUAUAUAUUUAUACACUUGGGGUUUCAUCUUGAAGAUUCGUAGCCAAAUAUAUUUAUACUUGGCCAAAUAGAAAGUAGAAAGCUGAAAUAAGAUUUAUAUUUAUAUUGAAACUCUAAGGUUUUUAAUAACUUUUAAUAUUUUUAAGUUUAAAGUGAAUUUCCAACAGUUUACUUUCUAAAAUAUUUUUCUUUUUUAAUUUUGCAAAUGCAGAAGAUAAAAAAAAACCAAGUAAAAGCAAGGUCUCAACAAAAAACAAAUGAUUCAUGCAAAGUUACUUUAUAUUCAUAUUAUACAGUAUCUAGAUUUUAUAUAUUUUCAUGGCGGCCAUUUAUUUGUCAAUUACUGUUCUAAAUAAAUAGUAUUGAAAUAAUAUUA